UUACCGGCGUCAGCAGGAUCCCUUCUAGUGCAUAACCACCGAGUAUCCAAUAUUGCGAGAGUCCGAAUCCUUCAUGCUCGAUGACGUUGGGCAGGCGGUGGAGCCGAUCAACUGGCGGGCGUGGCCAAUGAGGCUCUUCGCUGCUUCUUCUCCAUCGCGUUCUCCUCCGAACUUGCAUCUUCCGCCUCUCCCUGCCCAUCCAUCAUGCUGCGCUUGGACUCUCUCUCGCCAUCUGCCCUGCACGUGCAUCCCUUUGUGUUUUAGCUCGUCGCUCGGCUGCUCGCGGUCGUUGGCUUUUCUCUGCUGCCUUCCCUCAAGCCCGGUCUCCAUCACCGUUGACUUCCGGCCUUGGCUUGAAACCCUGCGAUUUACGGAGUUUACAGGCUUCGAAAUCCGUUGAAGCUAAAUUAGGGGGAUCUCAGGGAUAUUACGUCGUCGUUGAUAUCCGGAAGCUUCCUGCCGUCGAAAUCGCGCCAGUUUCAGGGGUAGCAUGCGGUUCUUUCCAACAGCAUGAACGAUUGCUCCCGAUCGACGUUGCGAACAUCAUCGAUACAACCGUCUGCGGCGAACG